AAUUUUUGGUUGAGACGGUUGAGUUGACAGCUAUCGAAAAGUAUGGCUGGAACUUGGUUAUUGUUGGUGUUCUUUUUAUUCGAAUUUGAGUUUUCUAAGGGAAAUCCAAGGCAGCAAAAUGUAUUAUUAAUAGUAGCUGACGACGCAGGUUUUCAACUGGGAACCUAUAGAGAGAAAAUAUGCCAAACUCCCAAUAUAGAUGCCCUAGCAAAAAGGAGUUUGAUAUUCAACAAGGCAUAUACUUCUGUUAGCAGCUGUUCGCCAAGUAGAUCUGCUCUACUAACAGGUUUACCGUCACAUAAGAAUGGCAUGUAUGGUUUACAUCAGGCAAACAAUCAUUUCAAUUCUUUUGAUGAUAUUAUAAGUCUGCCGAAUGUUUUGAGUGACCAUAAUAUCACUACAGGUAUAAUAGGUAAAAAACACCUUGGACCAUCAUCUGUGUAUCGUUUCGAUUACGAGCAAACUGAAGAAAACAACUCGAUUCUUCAAGUUGGAAGAAACAUCACCCAUAUCAAAUUAUUAGUCCGAGAAUUUUUGAGUAAUGUUUCACAGCCCUUUCUCCUCUAUGUAGCAUUCCACGAUCCUCAUAGGUGUGGUCACACUAAUCCAGAAUAUGGAGAGUUUUGUGAAAAGUUUGGCAACGGCGAGAAAGGAAUGGGUCGGAUUCCAGAUUGGGAAGGGAUAUAUUAUCAGCCUGAUGAAAUUAUUCUACCAUAUCAUGUUCCAGAUACUCUGGAGGCCAGGGAAGAUUUUGCAGCUCAAUAUACCACUAUGUCGAGAUUAGAUCAAGGUGUUGGGCUGGUGCUGAAGGAAUUAAAGACUGCAGGAUAUCUUGAUAAUACUCUAAUAAUCUUUAGUUCAGAUAAUGCGAUACCGUUUCCAAAUGGAAGGACCAAUAUGUACGACUCUGGCGUAGCAGUUCCUUUGUUCAUAUCGUCCCCAUUUAAUACAAAAAGAUGGAAUCAAGUCACUAAUUCCCUCACUAGCCUUUUGGAUAUUUCUCCUACCAUUUAUGAUUGGUUCAAUAUUGAUGAAAACGUUUAUUUGAAAAAGGAGCAUAAACUAACAGGAAAAACACUUUUACCGUUAUUAGAUAAGGAACCAACUGACUUCACUAAGGAAGUCAUCUUUGGCAGUCAUAAUCUCCAUGAAGUAACAAUGUACUAUCCGAUGAGGAUGAUCCGCACCCAAAGAUAUAAACUCAUUCAUAAUUUGAAUUACAAUAGUGCUUUUCCUAUUGACCAGGAUUCUUAUUUAUCUCCUACAUUCCAGGGAUUAUUGAACAGGAGUAGAGCCCAUAAAGAUCUACGAUGGUAUAAAACAUUAAAUGAAUAUUACUAUCGAAAAGAAUGGGAAUUAUAUGACAUGAAAUAUGAUUCUGAAGAAUUGAUAAAUUUGGCCUAUAAUGUAACUUACAAACCUUUGCUGAAAGAACUGAAACUGAAGUUAUUUGAAUGGCAAAACAAAACUCAAGAUCCUUGGAUUUGUGCACCCCAUGCAGUUUUAGAAGAUAAAGGUGCAUAUAAGAAUGAUCCACAAUGUAUGUCAUUAGAUAAUUGAUAUCAAUACUGUUUUAUAAUGUAAUCAUAAUUUUCUUUUUUUUUUCUUUUGAAUCAUUGAGUGUAGUACCCGUUUUUUUACUAUUGAAAUAACUUACAAUAAAUCUUCUCUACAUCGA